AACUACAAAAUGUUUAGUUUAUAAAUUUCUGAAAACAAACAUUUGACGAGAGAUGAGCAGAAGAGGAAUAAUAAUGUUUACAUCCUGCAACUACAGAAUGCAAUUGCGUAAUUUUCGAAGCUUCGCCAUGCUGAUGCAGUUCUCGACGAAUUCACCUAGCGUGGAGAAACUGACAAUGUCUGAGGCGACUGCCGAGCUGUUUUCUGGACUGAAAAAGGGGGAAAGAGCGAGUUUAGCGAGAGCAAUCACUCUUGUCGAGUCAACUAAUAUGAAGAAAAGCGUUGAAGCUCGAGCCCUGGUUCAGGAGGUUACUCAGUACUGCCGACAUGAGGCCCAGCUGCGGGGGGAACCCGCAAUUUCUUUCAGAAUAGGAUUGUCUGGGCCUCCUGGGGCGGGGAAGAGCACGUUUAUAGAGACUAUCGGGAAGAAGUUAACCAGCGAGGGGAAUAAGGUUGCUGUCCUAGCCGUAGAUCCUUCCAGCGGUACAACUGGUGGUUCUUUGCUUGGAGAUAAAACAAGGAUGCCAGAGCUUACUGUAGACCCUAGAGCUUACAUUAGACCUAGUCCUGCUCGCGGUCAUUUAGGUGGUGUGACCAGAACAACAAAUGAAGCUAUUCUUCUGUGUGAAGCUGCAGGGUUCAAUAUUAUAAUAGUUGAAACUGUUGGUGUUGGACAGAGUGAAUACAUGGUUUCCAAUAUGGUGGACAUGUUGUGCCUGCUGCUUCCCCCUGCCGGGGGUGAUGAACUUCAAGGAAUUAAACGCGGUAUUGUUGAGCAGAGCGACCUCCUAGUUGUAACAAAAUGUGAUGGUGACCUAGUGCCUGCUGCCCGCAGGAUGGCGAUGGAGUACACGUCGGCUCUUAAAUUUAUGCGUCCAAGGAGUCCGGUUUGGAGACCUAAAGUUAAGAUGGUCUCGGCUCGAACAUUAGUGGGUGUUCAGGAGGUCUGGGACACGAUGCAGAAAUAUAAUAAAAUUCUUAUCGAGUCCGGGGAGCUGAGGCGACUUCGGAGUAACCAGCAUAAAUUAUGGAUGUGGAGCUAUGUAGAGGAACGUCUACUCACCCUGGUUCAUUCGAGCCGCAGCGUUGCACUGAAAGCGCGUGCGUUAGAGGCUGCUGUGCUGGCCGGCCAACUCCCGCCGGGAACUGCGGCUGAUUCUCUUAUUGACGCUUUUCUUCAUAAACUUAAAAGUUAAUUUUGGAGUUUUUAAAGAAUUUUUGUUAGACAAGAGACAAACUUGUUUUGUUUUAAUCAAUUUAGUAAGGUCGUCGUCGAAUCUAUCAAUACAAUGAAGAUUUUGAUUUCGACCAAUCUUUCAAACAACAAUGACAUAAGACGAGUAAACAAAGCGAAGUUUUCGAUUAACAGCUUCUCUAUAGUUAACACGCAAACUUGAAAUUCGAAAAAUGCUUGUCAGGGAUCAAAACAUUAUUUAUAGAAGUCGUUUUCAUUGUAUUGAUGUACAAGCUAACCACUGUACGGGUAUCUGAAUAUAGUGGCGAUCUAGAGGAUCUAUGACGGAGUCCUUCACAGAUUUUUUUUAUGGAAUAGUUCUUUUUAAUUGUUUGGGACUUGGGAGGAUGGGUUUACUAGUGUAUUUUGCCUGUUACAACCAUUGGCGAAGUUCUCUCACAAUGAGAAUAUUUCAUGCAACAAUCAAGUAAAGGGUUCCAUAAAGGAUGAGACUUAAAAGGAAUUGUUCAAGUUCUUUCCAUAAACCCAUGCUUCCCUAUACAUUCAAUAACUAGUUUUAUCUGUACCAUUAAAAGAUUAUUUAUGACCGAAGACCAUAUAUAGCUUUUAUUUUCUUAUAUUAAAAGAGUUAGGGGUCGUCUUUUUAGUCGCAUUCUUUGUGGGUUACCCUUUAUUUAAUCUAUAAACUUGGUUUUAUGUUAGUCAUAAAAAUAAAAGGUGGUGCUACGUAAUGUGAUAGUUUUAGAUAAUAUUUAUUAUUUGUCUAGAUUUGUUUUAUAUGUUUACCCAUAGCUAUCAAUACUGUCACCUGCUCGGUAAUCAAUACAGAAACAGGGGGCGUAUACAGGGGGGGGGGCAAGCACCAGCAUUCUUUAUGAGUCUAUGAUGGUACACUGCCCCCCCACCCCCCUCCCUUUACGCCCUUGUUCAGAGAACGGAAGAAAUUAACUUUACCAAAUUAUAAGAGUAAAUACAAAAAAAAUAUUCUGAAUAAAUGUAUUGACGGAUUAUAUAUUUUCAGA